CCCGGCUUUGGUCUGUCUUCGCACCGGCAGCAGCUCCGUCUGGAAGGUCAAACACAUCAUGGCAGCGCCGAAGAAAAUCUGUGUGAUCGGCUCUGGUAACUGGGGCUCUGCCAUUGCCAAGAUUGUGGGCGCCAACGCAGCCAAGUAUGACACGUUUGACACCACAGUUAACAUGUGGGUGUUCGAAGAGACGGUGAACGGCCGAAAACUCACAGAAAUCAUCAACACAGACCAUGAGAAUGUGAAAUAUCUGCCCGGUCACAAGCUGCCCCCCAAUGUGUUGGCCGUUCCAGACUUGGCCGAGUCUGUGAAGGGAGCAGACAUCCUGAUCUUCGUGGUCCCUCACCAGUUCAUUAUGAGAGUGUGUGACACCAUUAAAGACCACAUCAAGAAGGAUGCUGUAGGAAUGUCUCUCAUCAAGGGUGUCGAUGCAGGUCCAGAGGGUCUGAAGCUGAUCUCAGAGGUCAUCAGAGGGAAGCUGGGUAUCACCACCACCGUCCUCAUGGGAGCAAACAUCGCCAACGAGGUCGCUGAGGAGAAGUUCUGUGAAACAACCAUCGGGUGCAAAGACAAGGCUCACGGGCCCGUGCUGAAGCAGCUGAUGCAGACCACUAACUUCCGCGUGGCUGUGGUGGAGGAGUCUGAUGUUGUGGAGAUCUGCGGAGCGCUCAAGAACAUUGUUGCAGUGGGAGCAGGUUUCUGUGAUGGCCUGGGAUUCGGCGACAACACCAAGGCAGCAGUGAUUCGUCUCGGCCUGAUGGAGAUGAUCGCCUUCGCCAGGGUCUUCUGCACAAACUGCGCCGUGUCCCCCGCCACCUUCCUGGAGAGCUGCGGCAUCGCUGACCUUAUCACGACCUGCUACGGUGGACGCAACCGCAAGAUCGGAGAGGCUUUCGCCAAAACCGGCAAAACCAUCGAGCAGUUAGAGAACGAGCUGCUGAACGGCCAGAAGCUUCAAGGUCCAGCGACCGCAUCUGAGGUCCACGAAAUCUUGAAACAGAAAAACAUGGUGGAAAAGUUUCCUCUUUUCACCGCUGUUCACCAGAUCUGCUUCAACAGCCACCCAGUCACAGACUUCAUCAAGUGUUUGCAGAACCACCCAGAGCACAUGUGAAAGAUUACAGACUGAUGAAUGAGUGGAAGUUAUUAAAAAAGGACUUUUACACUAGAACUACUGUAUUACCCAGGUGAUUGUAAGGAGGGGGGAAGGUUCGGUGAAGACUGUGCCAAAUCCUGACAACUUUCAUGUUUGACUCUCAAACAGAAAAGACGAAAAAAUGAAGCCUUCUUUACCUGAGCUGCUGUGUUGACCUGCUUACUGACAGAAGCAUCAACUUUUUUUUAUUUUAACUGAGUAGAAAGGCAGGGCAAGUUUAUUUGUAUAGCACAUUUUAGCAACAUUCAAAGUGCCUUAUGUAAAGAAUGAUUUAAAAACAAUUACUAAUAGCCAAUUAAGAACCUUACAUGUCACAGAUUGUUGCAUUAAAUCUGCCAAGUCUUAAAAGUUUUAAGAAAGUGAAUUAUGCCUUACACAAUACACCCCACCUGACUGUUACGAAAUGUUACAUAAUUUCUUGGUUAAAAGUGCCUUUUCACUGACAUGUUUUCCAAAGUUAAACAAAACACUGAACACACCACAGUAACCACUCCCCGUCGUGUUGUUUUUCUUCUGAGCUUCUCUACUUGAUGAUUUAUUUUGGAAUAAAUUAUUGAACUUGUCGACUUUG